AUCGGUCAUCUCGCCCACAGAAAGCAGGCCAUUUGGGGGCCAACGCACCUACCUUACUGUAUAGAUACCUUAGCUGUCUUUGCGUCAAGGUAACAUAAUACUGAGGUGAAAGCUGCAGUGCGGCGUGCCCUCGCUACGACUACCUGACCUUAUUACGGCGUACCGUCCACGGUACGGGCCCAGAUGCGCUACGACGGACCACUAGCGCUGCGACUCUGUGCUUCUUGGACCGGGGACCUUCACUGAUCCCACCUCUCACCAAGGUACCUUCUCCUGAGUCGCAUUGGCCCUUCUCCGUCCGCUCAAAAUACCAUACCCAAGGUACCGUUGGGAGGCGGUCUCGUGCAGAGGUACCUUACCUAUUACCCGCUACUCCGCCGCACCAUAGUUAUCGCGAAAAAAAAGCUGACAGGCUGACCCCACCAUUUCGCCAGUCAGUGUGUUGCCAGUCGCCAAUGUCAACGCCCACUGCCCUCACUACCGACCGUGGCCCUGGCCGAACAACUUCAACGACUGCCCCUCUCUACCCUCCCGCCGUGCCCGACAACCACCCGACCGAUCGACCUCACACCAUCGCUCCGUCGCUCGAAUCCUCCCCCGAUUCUCGACCACCUCACCAGUCGCCAGCUUUGGUUUAACAUCUUUUUUUCCAAACCACCCCCAGAAAGGCGCCAGUCAUGGCCUGGCAGCCGGCCCCAGAGUCCUUGAGCCAGCUGGCUGCUUGCCUCAAGGACUCGCUCAGCGGAUUCGACAAGAAUGCGCAGAAGCAGGCAGAGAUCAUGCUCACGCAGGCCAAGGCCUCUCCCGACUUCAACAACUACCUCGCCUACCUCUUCUCCAGCGCUGAUCCUCCCCAGGGUGUACAAUGCUCAGCCCAAGACUUCCACCUCGUGCGCUCUGCCGCCGCCAUUAUGCUGAAGAACAACGUGCGCACCAGCUACAAGCAGAUCCCCGAGAACAGCUUGGCCCUCAUCAAGAUGGCCGUUCCCCUCGGUAUCCAAGACAAGAACUCCCAGGUCCGCAACUACGCCGGCAACAUCGCGACCGAGAUCAUCAGGAGAGGCGGUAUCUUGAGCUGGCCUGAAUUGCUUCCCCAGCUGCUUAGCCUCAUUUCCAACGAAAACGGUCAGGUUUCCAACGAAGGCCAGGAGGGCGCCAUGUCCGCCAUGGCCAAGAUUUGCGAGGAUAACGUCAAGGUUUUGGAGCGCGAGCACAACGGUCAACGCCCUCUGAACUUUUUGCUUCCCAAGUUUAUCGAGGCCACUAAAAGCGAGCUGCCCAAGGUCCGCGCAAAGGCCCUGACUGCCAUCAACGUCUUCACCCCGCGCAAGUCUCAGGCCAUGCUCAACAACAUCGACAGCCUCCUCAACCACCUCUUCAUCCUGGCUGGCGACCAGCACCCCGAUGUGCGCCGCCAGGUGUGCCACGCCUUCGUCCAGCUGGUCGAGACCCGUCCCGACAAGCUGCAGCCCCACAUUGCCGGCCUCGUCGACUACAUCAUCACCCAGCAGAAGAGUGAUGACGAAGAUCUGGCGUGCGAAGCCGCCGAGUUCUGGCUGGCUGUGGGCGAGCACGAGGACCUGUGGCGCUCCCUGACGCCCUACCUCGACAAGAUCAUCCCCGUGCUGCUGGAGUGCAUGGUCUACAGUGGGGAGGAUAUUGCCCUUCUCGGUGGUGCAUCAGACGACGAGGAAGAAGAAGACCGUGAGGAGGACAUCAAGCCUCAAUUUGCCAAGAAGUCGGCGGCCAGGGGUAAGGGUGGCGAGGCCUCAGCCGAUACCGCCCAGAACGGAAAUGCCUACGAGAAGCUGGCUAGCAUGGACGAUGAUCUGGAAGAGGGCGAGAUUGACGACCUUGACGAUGGCGACGAGAACCCCGACGAACGCUGGACUAUCCGCAAGUGCUCCGCCGCUGCUCUCGACGUCUUUGCGCGUGACUUUUCCGAUCCCGUCUUCACUGCGAUUCUCCCAUACCUGACGAGCAACCUCAAGCACGAAGAGUGGCAAUACAGAGAGGCCGCUGUCCUCGCUCUCGGCGCAGUCGCUGAGGGAACCAUCAACGCCGUUACUCCCCACCUGCCGGAGCUUGUUCCCUACCUCCUCUCACUUCUCGGAGACAACGAGCCCAUUGUCAGGCAAAUUACCUGCUGGACGCUCGGCCGCUACUCACAGUGGGCUGCGAACCUCGACCAGAACCAAAAGGUUACCUACUUUGAGCCCAUGAUGGAAGGCAUCCUCCGCAAGAUGCUCGAUAAGAACAAGAAGGUCCAAGAAGCUGCGGCAUCCGCUUUUGCCAACCUUGAAGAGAAGUCCGGAAAGGUUCUCGAGCCCUACUGCAUCCCUAUUCUGCAGCAGUUCGUCCAGUGUUUUGCCCGGUACAAGGACAGAAACAUGUACAUCCUGUACGACUGCGUUCAGACCUUGGCGGAGAACAUUGGACCCGUUAUUGCUCAGCCGGACGCUAUGAGCCUGCUGAUGCCGGCAUUGAUUGAACGCUACCAAAAGGUCAGCGACGAUUCGCGCGAGCUCUUCCCCCUGCUGGAGUGUCUCUCCUACGUUGCCAUGGCGCUGGGCUCUGCCUUCACCCCUUAUGCGCAGCCUAUUUUCGUACGAUGCGUCAAUAUUAUCCACACGAACCUCGAGCAAAGUCUGCAAGCCACCAACAACCCAACACUCGACUCUCCAGACAAGGACUUCCUCGUCACCAGUCUCGACCUGUUGAGUGCUAUUAUUCAGUCUUUAGAGGAGGACAAGAAGCAGGAGCUAGUCAGGGGCUCAGAGGGAACAUAUUUCGAGCUUCUUGGUUUCUGUCUCGAGGAUCCCCAGGACGAUGUCAGGCAAUCAGCUUACGCUCUGCUGGGAGACUGCGCGAAAUACGUCUUUCCCCAGCUUGAGAAGCACCUGAACUCAAUUUUCCCCAUCUUGCUGAAGCAGCUGGAUCUCGACAACAUUCUCGACGAGGAGAUUGACAGUGGCUUCAGCGUUGUUAACAAUGCAUGCUGGUCUGCUGGCGAGAUCGUCAUGGUCAACAGCAAUGCAAUCUCACCUUUUGUCCCCGAACUCCUGCAGCGUUUGGUCGAGAUCGUCUCGAACCCUGGUGUUCAGAACGCCGUCAGCGAGAACGCCGCCAUUGCUCUCGGUCGCCUCGGCAUUCACAAUUCCGAAGUCCUAGCCCCUCAACUGCCAACUUUUGCCGAGGACUUCCUCUCAGCCAUAGAGCACGUCGAGUUCCUGGAAGAGAAGGCCACUGCCUUCAAGGGCUUUACCCUGGUCGUUGGACAGAACCCCCAAGCCAUGGAGAAGGCGCUUCCUCAGCUCUUCGUUGCCAUUGCGAGGUACAAGGACAUUGCUUUGAGGAACCCAAUCAAGGCCGAACUGCACCAGCACUUCCAGAAGGUUAUUACCAUGUACCGGGAAAUGAUUCCUCAGUUCAACGACUUUGUGAACCAAAUGCGGCCCGAGGAUCAGACAGAACUCCGCAAGUACUACUCCACAUGACGAGAGCAUGUGGACGCAGUUUGAGCGUUUGCGUAUGAAGACGACGUUGAACACGAAGAAAAAGGGCCCAAUUUUGAGCGAUCUUUCAUGAUAUGACUUGGGGAGGAAAAUACCACCGAGGCGUCCUUUACAAAUGAGUAAUGACGAUGCUUUUUGGAAGAAAGAGAGCAGAGCAGAGAGGCAGAGGAAGAAACAUAUCAAGAGAGCAAAACAGGCUUGUAGUUGGGUCGCAAGAGAAGAUCAAGUCGAAAGAAAGAAUGCGACGGAGUUACGACGUGAAACAAACACACCUGGCAAUCAACUUUUCUCCUGCGACACAAGUGAUCGGGGGCAGCAGCCGAGACGGAUCGUUUGUUUUUCUUCUUUUUUUUCACGUAGCAUCCCGACGGGGCCAGCAUCAUGUGACGGGGUGUUUAUGGGCAGAGCAACUUGGAGACGAGAGACGCUCUUCUUUUCUUUGGUACACAAGCUAUUUUGUUUGUGACUCGUGGUGGGAGGGGCAAAGUAAUUGGGAACAUUCGGUAACUGGGUGCAGCGCCUGGAGAACCGGACAAGCUCUCAAAGGCUUGCUGGGAGGAGCUCAUUAUGUGUUUUCACAAAAGCAACAUUUGGAAGUGAACCAACACUCGGGGAGAGGGGUUGGAGGUUGAACCACACAAAGACAACACCGACCCCUUGCGCAAGGAAAAGCACACGGCCCUGCCAGUAUUGAAAUGGGAAGCGAAGGCGUCAUGAUGCAUGCAAAACACACACACCAAAAUGGGGCUUUAACCGUCGUAGAUAGGUAGAUAGGGUAGAUAGAUAGCUUUAGCAUAUGGGGGUUUUUAUAAACCCCCGACUGUCCCCAUGGGGAACCGCG